AUGAAAACUGAAUGGGGUUUUGACCAAUUUGUUUUGCAUGAUGCUUUUAAUGAUUCUUCAAAUGGAUACCUUAUCGAUGAUCGUUGUGUAUUUGGAGCUGAGGUCUUUGUUGUGGAAUGUACUGGUAAAGGUGAGCGAAUGUCUAUUGUGAAGGAGCUUUCUAACAACGCCUUCACUUGGAAGGUUCAAAGUUGGCAAAGCAAAGAAAAUCUUAAGUCCCAGGUGUUGGACAUUAGUGGGCUUAAAUGUUUAUCCCUUUAUCCCAAUGGGAAUGCAACAGAGAAAGGCAAGAGCUUCUCCAUGUAUUUAGUCUUAGAAGAUUCAGAAACAAAGCUUAAUGCUGAAUACAUUCUACGUGUAAGAGAUCAACUUUCUGAAAAACAUCAUGAAAAGGAAGUUACUCAUCAAUUUGGUACUAAAUCCAACCACUGCAAGAAAAUAGAGAUUUAG